AUGGAUCCGCCGAAAGCCGGGCGGGCACCGCGGCCGCGCCUUCGGGAGGCCCUUGUGCCAGGCCUGUGCCUGGCCUUGGCAGCCUGGGCACUGCCGAGCUGCGUCUUCCUUGGGCUCGCAGGCCAUAGCCGCGGUGGGGCGGAAAGGGCACCGCUGCUUCGGGCCGUCGCAGUGGAGGAGUCCGUGAAGACCUCCCGGCCGUGGAAGCCGCCCCGGCCCCCUCUGGUGCCGAUGCUCUUCGAGACUUUCAAUGUAUCAGACAACACCGAUGUCAAGGCGAUCGCCGGGUACAUCUCCGGAGUGCUUGAGGAGUCGGAGGCCCUUCGCAUUGUAGACAUGAAGGUGAUGACACGGAAGGCUCGGAGUAAGGCCCUCUACAUCCUAGCCUACAUCAAUGCUAAGGAGGUUCGGACCACUGCGCAGAUACUGCCACGACAGCGGGAUGGUCGCUGCAGGCUCCGUGUCAUCCGUGACUUCCCCGUUACCGAAGACCCCGACCCGGCGAUCCUCCGAGUCGGCUCCAACACGAACGCCACGGCCCUCGCGAACCUUAUCGCGUACCGCCUGCGCUCCGUGGAGACGAUGGGCGGUGAUAGCCGGGCGAACACCGUGAAACUGGAGCUGCUGGGCACCGCCGCGUCCACAAUAGCCUUAAUGGCAGUGGA